AUGUUGCUUUCGUCGAAGACCGGCAACACCGCCUCAGCUGCUGCAACUACAGUCGCCGCCAUGCAGUGUGACAUACCAAAUAGUUUGCUCUGCGAUGGCAUAAUGAUCGGUGAGAAAUCUGUACGUUAUGGUCGCGUACCGAAACGUUCACGUGAGCUAAAUGGCACACCUUCGUCCACGGAUGAUCCGAACGUUAUUGUGCGUGUGAAUACACCGAAUACACCGCAAACGCCACAAAUGUGUUCAGUCGCCUCGUCACCCUCCGAAUUGGGCUGUACGGGCCAAAGUAGUGUCGCCAACACAGCAAACACACCGGGACCGGGCGGCGUUGGUGGCAUGGGAGUGGGCGUCAAUAUGAGCGUCAGUGUAGGUGCCGGCGGUGCUGGCGGUAUGAUGGGACAGUGCGGCAAUGUCAGCGUCAACGGUAUGAAUGUGGUUGGUAACGGUGGCAGUGGUGGUGUCGGCGUCGGUGUCGGCGGCGUCGUUAAUGUUGGCAUCACAAAUGUCGAUAAUAACGGUUGUGGUGUGGUCGAUAUGCAAGGGACGACCGCCGAACUGACCGUUUACGAUGUGAUUAUGUGCGUCUCGCAGGCGCAUCGCAUGCACUGCUCAUACACGGAGGAGCAGACACGCGAGCUGAUGCGGCGACCGGUGGCGGUGCCGCAGAAUGGAAUUGCCACUUCAGUAUCGGAGACAAUGGAAUUUCAGAAAAUUUGGCUGUGGCAACUAUAUGCGGGGCGUGUCACGCCUGGCGUGCAACGUAUCGUCGAGUUCGCGAAACGUGUACCCGGUUUUUGUGAUUUCACACAAGACGAUCAGCUGAUACUCAUCAAAUUGGGCUUCUUCGAGGUGUGGCUCAGCCAUGUGGCACGUAUGAUCAAUGAUGCAACGUUGACAUUCGAUGAUGGCACUUAUCUGACACGACAACAACUCGAAAUUCUCUAUGAUAACGACUUCGUCAUCUCCCUAGUGAAUUUCGCCAACACCCUCAACAGUUACGGUUUAAGCGAUACCGAAAUCGGUCUCUUCUCCGCCAUGGUAUUGCUCGCCUCCGAUCGUUCCGGCCUCGCUGAACCGAAAGUGAUUUCCCGAUCACGCGAACGCGUCGCCGAAGCAUUGCGCGUACAACUCGUACGCUCACGUGCCGGCUCCACGCAAGCGCUACAACUGAUGCCAGCACUGGAGGCUAAAAUACCCGAAUUACGUUCGUUGGGCGCCAAGCAUUUCUCACAUUUAGACUGGUUACGAAUGAAUUGGACCAAACUGCGAUUGCCACCACUCUUCGCGGAGAUAUUCGAUAUACCCAAGACAGAGGAUGAUCUGUGA